AUGCCAUUCUCUUCCUGGUUCUCUUCCUGGUUCUCUUCGAUCAAGCUACAACCUCAAGCCGACGCGAACGAAGGGCACAUUAAAACAGAACCUUCCUUCUCCAUCGAAAAAAUGGAUUUUGAUGCCAUCGCAGACCAAGUGGAGGCUCUUCAGCACGAACUUUCAUAUGCCUACGAACUGUGUGAACAGGCCAACCUUCAGUUUGAUAAGUACCGCGUUGACAUACACGAACUGAAGACGACCCUGGCAAAUGAACGAAAUGCAAAGGCAAACUUGCAGCACCAGCUUACCACAGAAAGAAGCCACAAUGUUGUUCUGCGAACACAAAUUCACCAGGAUAAAUUAGAAUUGAAGAGAUGCCGGGUCAUUGCGACACAAUUACAAGCGAGACUCAAUGCCGAAUCUGACUCCUUGGCUUCUAUGACCAAACAUGCCCGUACCAUGGAAUCCCGAAUGGUGGAUGCGCAGUUCGAAUUGGAUUAUCUGAAAUGUGCCACCAAGAUUGAGCAGCCUCUUCAUACACCUGCAGCCCAGAAUCCGGAUACUCCUCUUCCAGCUCAACCAUUUGUUGUUGUCCUUGUUGAUGGCGAUGCUUACUCAGUGGGUGAUUUCACAGAUGGAAUCCCGAGUCCUAUUGCUGAUGCCUUUUACUUCCAGUGGACUCCAGAGCUAUUUGUGACCGACAACUACAUUUCCGGUAGGUCCGAAACUGAAAAUCCUGCUCCAGUUGCCCCUGGCGCAUUAGCCGCAACCCGAAUCAGAACAGAAGUCAACAAAUAUAUCAUGAAUCAGAACGGCAAGAUUCCGAUCCAUUCCAAGAUCAUUACUCGUGUUUUCUGCAAUUAUUCCAGGUUCGCAGGCCAUUUUGUUUCGCGCCUGCGACGGAACUCCAUCGGGGUCUAUUGGAAGGACUUUGCGGUUCAAUUUACGGAGAAAACCCCCUUGUUCGAUUUCUUUGACGUUGGAAGAGGCAAAGAAAGAGCAGACGAUAAGAUCAGGGAAAACUUUCAUCUCUAUCUAUCAACACCCAAUUGCCACGCGAUUUUUGUUGCCGCCUGUCUUGAUAACGGAUUUGCUCGAAUGCUCGAACAGUACAAUGACCAUCCAGUCGCUUGGGCGAAGAUAGUCCUCGUCUCCCCUGGCUUUUUGGCACUUGAGAUCCAGAAAUUGAAAUUCCGACAAGUCUUGUGGCCUAGUGUUUUCUCAGUAAGGACUGUGCCCAAGGAUAUCGCUAUCAGGACUGAAAAGGGCCUCCACAAAGAACAGAGUCUUGUUCGGCGAGGUCAUUCCACUUCCAUGCUCGAAAAUAUUGGCAUUUCAAGGUUACUUCUUGAUCUGAUACCACGUUGGAACAUCAAUGAUGCAAUGAUCAGAUAUUCCCGUGGCAUUGGUGUAAGGCUUAAGCAGCUAGAUGUGGUUGCGGAGGAUCUUUCCAGAGCCAUUGACGAGGAGGCCAACGAAGCUAUCGAUUGA